AUGGCUGAUAACGUUGCUGCUGUCGCCCAAGACGUCCCGAUGGAGGAAAUUCCCGCUGCCGAUGCUGCCCAAGCCGUCGAAGGCCCGCUUGCCGCCGCAUCUCCAGCCGAAGAAGUGCCAGUGGAGCAAAAAGCGCCGGUCAUGUUUAAGUUGGUGUCUUCGGACGGAGUGAUGUUGGAAAUGACGGAAUCGGCUCUCCGCCAUGCGAUCACACUGAGAAAUGUCGUCGACGUGCUUGGAUACACUGCAGAGAAUGUGCUCGAAAAAGAACCGAUUCCGCUAAAAAACGUCGACAGCAAGUCGCUCAAGUUAGUCAUCGAGUGGUGCGAGCAUUACAAAGACACUCGUCCGGCCGAAGACAAGGGAGACGACUAUCACUUUAUGUCUGUCCCGGUGUGGGAUCGCGGGUUCUUGGAUAUCGACAAGAAGGAUCUCUUCGAUCUGCUGAACGCUGCCAACUACCUCAAUGUGGUCGGAUUGCUCGACGUGGCGUGCAAGACCGUCGCGAACAUGCUCAAAGGCAAGUCUACCGAGGAGAUGAGGGAAAUUUUCGAAAUCAUGUCAGACGCGGAGGCUGAUCAGCUCAAACUUGCCGGUCAGUCUGCUAACGCUGCUGAACCAUCCAACUAA